GGCUUGAAAUAUCCAGGAGUAAAGAGCCUUGCUCCAGACAAGCCAGGUGAAAUAUUUUUGAUGGAUUUGAAUGAAGACAAUCCCAGAGCAGUGGAGCUGAGAAUCAGCCGAGGGUUUGAUCUGGCGUCGUUUAACCCUCAUGGAAUCAGCACGUACAUAGACAGAGACGACACCGUGUACCUCUUUGUUGUGAAUCAUCCCCAUCAGAAGAGCACAGUAGAAUUGUUUAAAUUUGUAGAAGAUGACAAUUCUCUUGCACACUUGAAAACCAUUCGGCAUGACCUUCUGACCAGUGUGAAUGAUAUAGUAGCUAUGGGACCAGACAGCUUCUAUGCUACCAAUGACCACUACUUCUCUGACUUCAUCUUGAUGUUCGUGGAGAUGUUCUUGGGUUUGACUUGGUCAAAUGUUGUUUACUACAGUCCCAAAGAAGUUAAAGAAGUAGCAGCUGGAUUUUAUUCAGCCAAUGGAAUCAACAUCUCACCCGACAGAAAGUACAUCUAUGUGGCAGAUGUAUUAGACCAUAAUGUCCAUGUUAUGGAAAAACAUGAUAAUUGGAGUUUAACCCAUGUGAAGACGCUGCAGCUGGACACUCUGGUUGACAACCUGUUUAUUGACGCUCACACGGGAGAUGUCUGGAUAGGGUGUCAUCCUAAUGGGAUGAAGCUGUUCUACAAUGAUCCUGAAAAUCUGCCGGCCUCUGAGGUCCUGUGCAUCCAGAACAUCCUCUCAGAGGAGCCCGUGGUGACACGUGUCUACGCUGACAAUGGCUCUGUGCUGCAGGGAACCUCGGUGGCAUCCAUCUACAAGGGAAAGCUGCUCAUCGGAACUGUCUUCCACAGAGCUCUCUACUGUGAGCUGUAGCUCGGUGUGGGUAAGAUCUGCUGCAGCGGAGAGGAUGGAAUGCCUUGGGAACUCACGUAUUUUCUGCUAGAUUUGCUAACAAGAAGACUGUUGCAAUAAAGGUUAACUAGACUCAUG